AUGGAUGAGGAAUACGACGCGAUUGUGUUGGGCACCGGCCUGAAGGAGUGCAUCCUCUCCGGUAUGCUGUCCGUCUCGGGGAAGAAGGUCCUCCACAUUGACCGAAACAACUACUACGGAGGCGAAUCGGCCUCGUUGACCCCGCUGGAACAGCUCUACGAACACUUCCGCGGACCCAAUGCGAAGCCUCCGACUGAUAUGGGCCGUGGUCGCGACUGGAACGUGGACCUGGUCCCGAAAUUCUUGAUGGCCAAUGGGCCCUUGGUGAAGCUCCUGAUCCACACGGGCGUCACCAGAUAUUUGGAAUUCAAAUCCAUCGAAGGAAGCUUCGUCUACAGAGGCGGAAAGGUCUACAAAGUCCCAGCUGAUGAAAUGGAAGCUCUCGCUACGAGUAAGUGAUUUUAAUUUUCUUGUUCGGAUUUUAGAAAGGAUGAGGGCGUUUGAGACGGUAGUGCCUAGAAGAACGUAACGUUUGAGUCGUUUUUGAGACAAAUAAAUUUGCGGAAAAAUAGAUUCUUCAUGAAAGAUGGUGGAUGUAGAAAAGGGAGUAUAAGACUACGUUAACGUUGCCGUCCUUCGGGAAAAUGUCCUAAUUUAGAAUACUGGAGGAACGGAGCUUUUAAUUUGAUUAUUUCUAGGCCUAAUGGGCAUGUUCGAGAAGCGCCGUUUCAAGAAAUUCCUGGUUUGGGUGCAAAACUUCAACCCCGAGGACAAGAAUACCUGGGACGGGCUCGACCCCCGCACCACCACCAUGCAACAGGUCUACGAGAAAUUCGGCCUUGAUGACAACACCGCCGACUUUACCGGACACGCUUUGGCUCUCUAUUUGAACGACGAUUACAAACAACAACCAUUCCCGAAGUCGGUGGAGAAGAUCCGUUUAUACUCGGACUCGCUGGCCCGCUACGGAAAGUCGCCCUACCUCUACCCGCUGUACGGACUCGGUGAGCUGCCACAAGGAUUUGCUCGUCUGUCCGCCAUCUACGGAGGCACCUACAUGCUGGACAAGCCGGUCGACGAGAUUGUGAUCGAAAACAAUCGUGUGGUUGGGGUUCGCUCGGGCACCGAAAUCGCCAAGUGCAAGCAGUUGUAUUGCGACCCCAGCUACCUGAAGGGCUCGGACAGAGUGAAGAAGACCGGCCAAGUGAUUCGUGCUAUCUGCAUCUUGAAUCACACCAUCCCCAACACCAACGAGUCGGCCUCAUGCCAAAUCAUUAUCCCUCAGAAACAAGUUGACCGUCAUUUUGGUAAGUGUAUAGGGGAUUCAGGGGGCUUUUGGGAAAGUUUUGGGGGAAGGGAGGAAGUAUUGAAGGAUUUCGGAUAUUACACAUGAUGAUGAAUAUUAAGAUUUUGAGUUUUUGUUCUUGUUUUUAGAAGGGAGUUUGAAUACUUGGAACAAUAGACUAGUUAAUUAUGAAAAUUUGUGGUUGGUGGGACAUUAAGUUAUCCAUGACAUCAAAACUAAAAAAAAAAAUUUUUUUCUUUUCAAUAUUUUUUUUUGGAUUUUGGUAUAAUUAUAAUUUUAACACUUUUACAGACAUUUACAUCUCAUGCGUAUCAAACUCGAACCUGGUAGCCCCCAAGGGAUGGUAUAUUGCUAUGGUGUCCACCAUUGUUGAGACUUCCAACCCCGAAGCCGAAAUCUUACCCGGACUUCAACUUCUAGGUCCAAUCACUGACAAGUAAGUGGGCUGGGAUUUUCAGGCAGAUUGUCGGCUUUGUUUGUUGGAAAUUGAGAUUUGGAAUUUUUUUUUUUUUUUUUUUUUUUUUUGAAAGUUCAUUAGGUCAGAUUGAAGUUAAUUUUGGUGGUUUGGAGACAAACUUUCUUGUGUAUUGCUGGUUAAUUUUUGGGAUAUGAGAUUCGAUCUUUUUCAUUUUUGGUUGAUUUUUGGCAUGAUUGAUACCCAAAAAAGGACGAAAAAUGGAGGAAAACGGGUAAAAGUUAGUUGAUAUGAGGGUGAUCAGACGUUGGAAUUGAUGUGAAAUCGUCUCCGUUUUGAUGAUUUUUUUGAAAAAUUGUAGAUUUUUGAAAAUUUCCUCGAUUUUAUUUUAAUGUUUAAAAACAAUUUCCUCUCCAGGUUUGUGAGCGUAUCGGACAUCUACGAGCCGGUGGAUCUGGGCACGGAGUCGCAGAUCUUCAUCUCCAAAGGCUACGACUCGACCACCCACUUCGAGACGGUGUGCAAAGACGUGCUGGACAUCUUCGAGCGCGGCACCACCCAACCCUUCAACUUCGACAAGAUCACCCACUUGUCCUUGGAGGACAACGAGUAA